AGAGGAACAGCUGAUGAAGAGAACAGAGACGCUGGUUCUAAUCUUCAUAUUUUUGAGCAAUGGGUGAAACAGACUCAGAGGGGAGCGACACCCCCCACACGGCCCCCCAGCAAGAGGAGGGGGCUGAGGGUGUGGGGGCGUUGACCUUGACGACUUCUUCCUUGAGGUGGGCGAUGACCUGUGUAAGGUCAGCUGGGGUCAUGCAGUCAAUAGUGUGGCCAAGCUGGAGGACGCCCUGGAUGAUCCCUCAAUAAUGAUGUUAGAGGCGGACAUACUGCAAGGUCAUCUGGAGGUCACAAAGGAGAGUGACCCAACAUUGACCUCGACCUUAACCCCCAUCAUGGCCCACCCCCCCCUCACCACCUCUGACCUGACCUUCAAAAUGUGGCUCGAUAAGGUCAUAGCAGCCAAUCAGGCUGGAAAGAAAAAAGGAAUUAAAUUGGAUUUUAAAGAAAUUGGACCUUUGAAGGAGUGUUUGGAUUAUCUCAAGGCUCAGGGUGACAAGGUUAGCUUCCCAGUGUGGCUAAAUGCGGAUAUUCUGCCUGGGCCAUUUGACAGCACCGCCACACCUCUUCCUGCUGGCGAGUUUGUGUCUAGCUGUGUUGACAUUUUGCCACAGGCUACUCUAUUCGGCUGGACCACACACAUCCCGGAGAGCAGUGCUGGGGCGGUGACGAGCGGAUAUACCCGUGCGGAUAUUGAUCGGAUGUGUGAGGUGCUGGAUAUCCACUCGGUCACCCAGCCUGUGACCUUCCCUAUCCGUGCGGCUUUCCUCCCUCACUCCCUGGAGGCACUCGAAGCUCUGUUGGAUAAUGUCCCAGACAGCACCAUCACAAUCUGGAGCUCCGAGAAAGACCCGUUUGACCCUAUUGCUAUUGUGACCUCCCGUGACCUCUUGGGACCUGACGCUGUGUACAUUGACCUCCCCCCCUCCCAGAUGACCCAGUACCUUGAGGUCAUGGGGGGGGAGGGCCUGGGGGGGGCAGGAAAGGUCACGGCCUCCCUGUUCCCCACAAGUACCUCUGUGUUAGCAACAGUGGGUAUAGUUCUGUGUUCAGCAUUGGCAGCACUGUAUUUGCAUGAGUGAGUGUGUUUGGGGUGUUUGAGGGUGUUUGGGGUGUUUGAGGGUGUUUUGGGUGUGUUUGGGUGUUUUUGGGUGUUUUUGAGUGUGUUUUGUG